AUGGGUGGUCUAAAUGAUUCUGUGGUCACUGAGAUUGUGUUACUGGCCUUUCUUGCUCUUGGGAGAAAAGGGGUGUUUGUUUGUUUUUACCUUGUUAUGUUCUUUGCUCUAUUUAGGAUCAUGUUGGGAAACCUUUUUAUUUUGUUUUUGAUAAUUUUUGAUUCUCACUUACAUUCUCCUAUGUACUUCCUGCUGGCCAACUUGUCCCUCAUUGAUGUGGGCCUCUCUUCGAUUAUAGUCCCCAAGACAAUCAAAGACCUUUUAAGUGAAUGCCAAGUAAUUUCUUUCCAAGGUUAUAUAGCACAGAAAUGCUUCAUCCACAUCAUAGGAGGAAUGGAGAUGGUGUUACUCAUCGCCAUGGCAUUUGACAGGUGCACAGCAAUCUAUAAGCCGCUUCACUACCUGAACAUGACGAACCCUAAAAUAUGUGUUUCAUUUGUAAUCACUGGAUGGGUAACUGGGCUGAUUCAUGCUAUGUCUCAGUUUGCUUUGAUUAUAAACUUGCCUUUUUGUGGUCCUGAUGAAGAAGACAGCUUUUACUGUGACUUCCGGAUCAUAAAACUUGCAUGCACAGAUGCAGCCAAGUUUCAGUUUAUUAUUGCUGCCAACAGUGGCUUCAUGAGCAUGGGCACCUUCUUCCUGCUACUUCUUUCCUAUGUCUUUAUUUUGGUCACUGUCUGGAAACAUUCUUCAGGAGACUUAUCCAAAGCAUUUAUCACUCUGUCAACUCACAUCAUUGUCGUAGCUUUUUUCACUCCAUUCAUGUUUCUCUAUGUAUGGCCUUUCCCUACAUCAUCAAUUAAUAAAUACCUGUUUGUUGUUGACUUUGCUAUCACCCCUGUCACGAAUUCUGCCAUCUGUACAUUACAGAACAAAGACCUAAGGGUAUCAAUAAAACAAUUGUGCAAAAAGAUAGCAUAUUCCAGAAUUUGUUGA